CGAUUAUAGAGAAACUCCAUUUUUAAAAUUUCUGCACGAAGUGUUCUCCGACACAUCACUGCAUAAUAAAACAUGGACAAAUUAAUGGAGUUUGAAGACUUGGGAUAUUUACACGAUAUAUUCAAAAGACAAUGCAAGCUCACUCCCAACAAACUAGCAGUCGUUUUUGCGGAAACAGAAAUUACUUUUGCUGAACUUGACAGGAAAACUGACAUUUUAGCUCAUAAAUUAAUUUCAAACGGUGCGCGAACAGAUGGAGUCGUAGGAAUAUAUAUGGAAAAAUGUUUGGAGUAUGUGAUCGCCUACAUAUCUAUACUUAAAUCAGGAGCUGCUUACAUGCCGUUGGAUGUGACAUAUCCUAUCAAUCUAUUGAAAGACAUAUUCAUGGAUGCCAAUCCAAGCAGUGUUAUAACAAACACAAAUUGGAACGGGAAUUUGCAAGAUAUUAUAUUGGAAAAUCAGAAUAUUGUUAAUCUAACUGGUGAUUGGGAAAAGGACAUGAAAUCGAAAUUCAAAGAACCAGCAGGCGAUUGUAUACUGCAGAAAGCUGAUUUGAACGAUCUGGCAUAUGUGUGUUAUUCUUCGGGCACCACAGGAAAGCCGAAAGGAAUCAUGUGUCCACAUCGAGGAUCGGUAUUUUCUUACACUUGGAGACAUUUGGCAUAUCCGUUUGCAGAAAAUGAGAGGGUGGCCUGCAACAUUUUCUUCGUUUGGGAAUUGUUACGUCCAUUGCUAAAGGGCAUUACCAUGUAUAUCAUACCAGAUGAAGUUAUUUAUGAUCCGGGGCUUUUAUCCAAAUUUAUUAAACAGCAUUCGAUAACUCGAAUACUCGUCACGCCUUCCUUGUUGGAAACAGUAAUGGAUACUGAUGGUGUAGAUUUGAACGAUUUAUUGAGCCUAAGAAUAAUCUGGUUUUGUGGAGAAGUUGUGACUAUGUCGUUGCUUGGUAGAUGCGUGGAAUCAUUCCCGUCCGCACGUUUUUUAAAUUUAUACAGUGUCUCAGAAUGCCAUGAUGUCGCAGCAGCUGACUUGAGCCAAUAUUGGAUAGAUAUUGAAGAGCAAACGAGCGACGUGGAAGCGUUGGCCAAAAGAAAAUUUGCUCCAGUUGGUAAAGUGCUGCCUGGUGUACACAUAUAUAUCCUUGACGAAGAAUUGAAUAUUCAGCCGGCGGGCGUAGCUGGAGAGAUUUAUGUUGGUGGACCUACGUUGGCCAGAGGAUAUUUAAAUCGACCUAAACUAGACGCAGAGCGAUUCAUUGACUUGCCCCAAGACGGUUCUACAACUAGAGUAUAUCGUUCUGGAGACUGGGGAUUGAUGCUGCCCAAUAAAAUCUUAGAAAUAUGCGGAAGAUGUGACACGAUGGUGAAAAUAAGAGGAUACAGUGUGGAAACACAAGCAGUGGAAGCAGCGUUGCUUCAAAUUUCGGUGGUAAACGCUUGUGUAGUUGUGACGAAAGGAGAGGAAGGAGAUGAUAAACAACUAGUUGCAUACAUCGUUCCUCAACCCGGAGCCACUAAAAAGCAAAUACGCACAGAGCUCAAGCAUAAACUGCCAGCAUACAUGAUUCCAUCUUACUUCGUUUUCUUGAAAAAAAUUCCAAUGUUAGCGGCAACUGGUAAGCUAAAUAAGAAAGCUCUACCGUCCGUUUUCGACAAUACUUCAACACCAGAAAGUUGCGAAAAAGCAAUAGUAGGAGACGACGACGAAAGUGAUCUGCCUAAAACGGAAACAGAGAAAUCACUGGCACAAAUUUGGAGCGACAUUUUACAGUUUCGCGUCACGGAUAUUGAAGAAAGCUUUUUUGAUCUUGGAGGUCAUUCUCUACUUGCUGCUCGACUACUUGGAAAAAUACGUGAACUAUACGAUGUGGACAUUGAUGUACAAACUCUUUUCUCGCAUCCAACUGUGGCAGAAUUGUCAAGAGUUAUUGAUUCUAAAAAUACUGGCAACGAUGUCGGUAUUCAGCCCAAAAAUAUUGAUUUAUCAAAUGAAGUCAAGUUAAACAUGAUUCCAAGCGCAAAUCUAGACAUCCAAUUACGAGCUUUUUGGAGAUCCGCAAACUACAGCCAUCGGUGGAAAAGAGGACGGGUACUGCUCACCGGUGCAACUGGAUUUUUGGGCGCGUACUUGUUGAAAGAUUUGCUGAUUAACACAAAGGCCCAAAUCUAUUGCUUGGUGAGAAAAGGUAGAGAAGAAGACAAUGCCGAGAGAUUACGAAAUACUUUCAAGUUUUAUGAGUUUUUCAACAACGAAUCUGCCAAACUCAAGCAGGAUUUUGAUGCACGCGUACACGCAAUUUCCGGCGACGUAGCUCUGCUGGAUCUUGGGAUGGGAGAAGAAGAUUAUGCUUAUCUCUCGUUUGAAAUUGAUUAUGUAAUUCAUGCAGCUGCAUUUGUCAACUUAUUGUAUCCAUAUGAAGCAUUAAAAGGCGCUAAUGUGCACGGAACAAGAAAUGUUCUUAUGUUCUGUAAGACAGGGAAGAUCAAAGCGUUACAUUAUAUCAGCACCAAUUCUGUGUUUCCCAAUCACCAGAAAAGCUGCAAAGAAACUUCUUCUGCCUUUGUGAAAUCUGAGCUAGAAGAUGGAUAUUCUCAAAGUAAAUGGGUCGCGGAACAACUCGUAAUGCACGCAAUCGAAAGCGGAUUACCGGCCACAAUAUAUCGUCCAGGCAACGCGUCCGGUGAUCGCGUAAAUGCUGGAUGGAAUCCAUCUGAUUUCAAUUUACUCGUUAUAAGAGCGAGUAUAUUAACUGGAGUGUGGCCAGAUAUAAAUUGGAGUGUUGAAAUGACUCCUGUGGAUUUUUUGAGCAAUGCGGUCGUACAGCUCAGUCAAAAUUUUUCAAUUGCGAUGCAUAAAGUAUUUCACCUGGUUAACCCCAAAGCUAUUGAUUCUAGCGUCCUGUUCUCCAUGAUUUGUGCAGCUGGAUACGAGUUGCAAAUGGUUAAAUUUGAUGAUUGGUGUGACGCGAUUGAUGGCAUGGAUGAAAAAUUGUUUGCUCCCGGGACUCCUUCGCCCCGUUCAAUGCUAGGUCCCAUCACUCAAUCGAGAGAUACCUCAUUGUUUUCGUUUGUUACAACGUACGACAACGCAGUUUUCAACAAAGUUAUGAAAACGCUACUGAAUCAAGAAUACCCAACUCUGAAUCAAAACCUGAUUGAUCAUUACUUGAAGAAUUUAUCGAGGCGAAAACUCAUACCGACACCAAAACCCCGUCACGGACGAGAUUUACAUGACAAAGUAGCUCUGGUUACGGGGGCAUCAAGUGGUAUAGGGAAGGCCGUUGCGAAAUUUCUAGCGCAAGCUGGCGCGAAGGUCUGUAUUGCUGCAAGACGAGUUGAUAAACUUGAGGAAAUAAAAAGAGAAAUUAUCGUCGAUGGGGGAAUAGCAGAAAGUUUUUCUCUCGAUGUCACCGACAGGAAACAGUUUAAAGAAGUUGUCAAAACGAUCGAAGAUAAACUGGGAAGUGUCGAUAUCCUCGUAAAUAAUGCUGGCCUGAUGUACUAUACUCAUAUGCAUAACCUAAUGAUGGACGAUUGGGAUGAAAUGAUAAGUGUGAAUUGUAGAGGGGUAUCUAAUGGUAUCGGUGCCGUUCUACCGGGAAUGUUGAAGAAAUGCAGUGGACAUAUUGUCAAUACAUCUUCUGAUGCUGGAAGAAGGGGAUUUGCCGGCCUAGCAGUUUACUCGGGAACAAAGUUUUUUGUAGAAGGUCUAUCACAAGGUCUUCGACAAGAAGUAAAAGGAAAGGGCAUCAGAGUGACUUGUAUACAACCAGGCGAUGUUAAAACAGAGUUAUUAACUCAUACUAAAGACCACGAAGCGAAGAAUGCAUACGACGGGAGUGAAUCCUGCGAAAUACUAAAUCCGGAUGAUGUUGGCAGAGCAGUCUUAUAUGCAGUAACACAACCUGAUCAUGUCGGAGUGAAUGAAAUACUGAUUGAGCCCAGAGAGAAUCCAAUAUAACACGCCUUCACGAGUUGUUAAUCAUUCGUGUUAAGUCACGAUGUAUAUAUAUUUUUUUCAAUUCAGUUAAACAUUCUGUCUUUAGAGAUUCCGGUGACACGGUGUUCGUAAAUUCCUACGAAUAUGAUUCGUUACAAAAUUGACACUUGCCUCAGACAAAUAGUACAAAUAAUUUGUAGUGAUUGUCGCUAAAAACGCAAUUUAUUUUUUGCAUUUGAUUCCCUAAAUGCCUCAACAUGUGCAAUAAAUAAUUAUAAAAGCAUA